AGUAUACUAUAACAAUGCCAAAACUAGUUCCCGCUGUGAAACCUCGCAUUCAAAGCAGGGAGAAUUUUUCAAGGAUGCUACAUAAUAUUUCAAAGGUCAAGGACAACAAGUUUUCAUCUUCAUUAAAAUCCAUGUACAACGGGUUGACAAAAGAGGAAAUAGUAAAAAAUCUCAUCUGGGUAUUCCCGACUACUGACUGUAUGACGGAUGACUUGCCUCAACAUGUCAGUAAACCUGAAAAGACUCUAAACGGCCUGGGUGAAAAUUUCGAUAGAAAUAAUUUACAGUCUUGCUAUGGCUCUACCGGCCAAAACAAUAUGGCUAUUGCGGUAUCUUCAAUGUUCACUAAUGACUACCUUACAUUACGGUGUAAAUCCGAAUCGAAAGAUGCUACGAUAUUUUCUGAUACAAGUCAUAAGACUAAAAUAUAUAGGGAAGCUGAGGUAAAAGUAGCUAGUCAAUGUACAAGCAGAUCACCUUCCGUAUCCCAAACUGAUCACACUACGCUGACGCGGCAACAGCAAAAACGCGAAAAAAGGAAUAAUACUACUACAGUCAAGGUUCAAAGGAAUAACAAGCGACCAAGGACAUCUAGUCAAUUAUCCACUAAGAGCACAAAUGAUAAUAAUGCGGUUGACUACAUUAUUUGUUCAAGUGACAAAUCUGUAGAAGGUCGACGUAGUGAUAGUGUCGAAAUAAUUAGUCAAAUCUCUCAAUCUAAAAUGCUUCCGUGUAAACAUGAAACUACAGCAAAUAGAAGAAAUCCUACCGCGCCGUGCCAGCGUUUGAUUACAUCAUUCCUCGUUCGAAAAGAAUAGUAAUACUUAAAUGCAUGAAACUUACACUGAUUCUGUCAAUACAGGAAAAUGUCAGGGAAUAUAAAUAUAGUCACCCUACUAGAUAUAAUUCACAAUGAAUUUCGCUUUUGUAUGCCUAGGGAAAAAAUAUAUACACUGAGUUUUGUAUGUCCCUUUAGCUUAAGCUGUUAUUUUUACCUACAAAAA